AUGGGGAAGAAAAACAGUCAACGAGAUGAAACCAUUUACACCCAUGGACAGCAACAAGGAACGACGAUUAAUGUUAUCCAACAACAGCCACUGGGGUUUGACCAGGAACGACAUUCAGAUGGCGAAUGGAAAACUGGACUCUGCGAAUGCAGCGACAGUGCGACUUGCUGGCAGGCAACUUGUUGCUGGUCAAAGCUGAGAAAAAUCAUCACGAAUGAUUUGGGAAAGAAAGCGUUCAACCGACGAGAGAAAUGUCUCAAAUGUCCAUGCGUUUGUUGUGUGACUCUUUGCUGCCAGCGAGGACAAGUGCGACGAAAAUACGACAUCGAUGGAAACAACUGCCUUGAUUGCAUCCUGGCUACCUGGUGUUACUGCUGCGUCCUCAAUCAAAUAGUUCGUCAUCUUCCCGAUGAAAAAUACCAAGUAGAACUCAAACGCGUAGGAUAA